AUGGCAACCAAACUCCAGAGAGUCAAGCUUAUUCAGAACAAGAACUACCAACGUUCUGGUCCCAAGUCUUAUGUCUCCCUCCUCCACAAGUACAAAUUCACACCUACAUUGGACGGCCCAUACACCGUCAUCAACAAAGCCCACCACCAAGGCAAACAUGGUGAACACAAAGCCGUCGGUGGCAAGACCCAUAUGCAGAAGGUCCUCCAGAAAAAGGCUCCGACCAGCGACCAGACCGGCGAUGUCCCCGCCGAAGACUCACAGAACGAUUCUGAGUAUCUUUGUCCUGUCACCAUCGGUACUCCAGGCAAGACCUUCACUCUAGACUUCGACACUGGAUCAGCCGAUCUCUGGCUUUGGUCCACAGAGCUGCCUGCAGCCACCACAUCAGGCACCAGCCAUACCAUCUUCGACCCCACCCAGUCGAGCACGUUCAAGAACUCCUCUGGUUCGUCCUGGAAGAUUUCCUACGGAGAUAACUCCUCUGCCUCCGGCACAGUGGGAACCGACGUCGUCAAUGUGGGCGGUCUCAUCAUCCAAAACCAAGCUAUCGAAUUGGCUCAAACCCUCUCGACCCAAUUCCAGCAAGACAGUAGCGACGGGCUCCUCGGUCUCGCCUGGGGAUCCAUCAAUACCGUCACUCCCAACCCGGUGCAGACUCCCGUUGAGAACAUGAUUUCCCAAAACGACAUCCCAAAGACUUCCGAGCUCUUCACCGCCAAUCUCGGCUCCGUCAAAGACGCGAAUGAUCCAGACAAAGGCGAAUCAUUCUACACCUUCGGUUAUAUCGAUCAAGACGCCCUUGGCGGCCAAACCCCUUACUACACGCCCGUGGACAACUCUCAGGGCUUCUGGAUGUUUGACAGCACCUCUGCAGUCGUAGCCGGCAAGACUAUCACACGUUCCGGCAACACCGCCAUCGCUGAUACCGGAACAACCCUCGCUCUGGUUGACGACACCACCUGCGAAGCUAUCUACAAGGCGAUUCCAGGAGGCAAAUAUGAUUCUACGCAGCAGGGAUACAUUUACCCUUCCAACACCGCUCUCAACAAGCUCCCUGUUGUGAGCUUCGCUGUCGGGGGACAGCAAUUCGCCCUGCAGAAAGAGGAUCUAGGUUUUGCUGACGCAGGCAAUGGCAUGACCUACGGAGGCAUUCAGUCUCGUGGAACUAUGACCUUUGAUAUCUUGGGUGAUGUGUUCUUGAAGAGCAUUUACGCCAUCUUCGACCAAGGCAACACCCGCUUCGGCGCCGUCUCCCGGUCGGAGCCCACGCAAAACACCACCAUCCCCGCUGCAUCUAGCUCUUAG